AUGGGUGCUGUAUGUUGUACAGAAUAAUUUGAGAUUAGAGGAGAAUUAAAUACAAAAAUAUUUAAGUUAGAUAAUAAUAAUUAGUUAAAUGGUAAUGGAACAGCUACUAUUUCAAAGGAAUUAUAUGAUAGUAAGGAUAAAAUAUAGGUAUAAAUGGGGAUUUGUUAUUCAUGUUAAGUAUUGAAAAUCAGUUGUGAAUGUAAAUCCAUCCAAAAAUUAGAUGGAGAUAAAGAUGAAGAAGAAAUAUUUAUACUUUCAUCUCGAUCACUGGAUAGUUCAUCUUCUGAAUCACGUCCAGACGAUACAAACACUAAAAAAACAAUUUUAAAGCAUUAAUUACAUUAUGUUUCUAAUGUAUAAUAAUAACAAAUUCAAAUAAAAAAGAAGGUUAGAUUCGAUUUAUCUAAGAAAUAAUGA